AUGGAAGCAAUUGAGUUUAUUGCUGCAGCACAGGACUGUGUUACAAUAAAUACUAUUAAAAACUGCUGGUGCAAGACUGGAAUACUCUCAUCACCAGUUUGUGAGAUUGUUGAUGUUGCAGGUCCAGUCUUAAACAGUGAAAGAUUUAUCAACAGUUUGUCAGAUGAACAGCACAUAGUUUUAGAAAAUUAUAUACAUCAACUCAAUGUUCCUGUUCCAAUAGAGGAACCAUUAUUAUUAUCUUUUGAACAAAUUGUUGAUUUAGUCAAUGAAGAAGAUAUAGAAUGUACAAGUGAUGACUCUAGUGAAGAAGUAUCACCAGUACAAUUGAAGGAAGCUCAAAUAGGUUUGGAGACUGCUAUUAACUUUUUCGAGCAGCAAUCAGAUAAUAUAGGUUUUGAUAUCAAAGACUUGCAUAUUUUUCAUAAGUAUUUGAAUUUACUAAAUGUCAAAGAGUUUCAAUUGAAACAACAACAGAAAAUUGAUGCUUACUUUGGAAGUUAA